UCCACAGCACACACAAUGGUUCACUUUGAAGAGGUGCUCUCCCGCGUGAGGAGCUCGCUGUGCAGUGCCUCCCCCCGCGGGGUCCAGGGCUUGCUGUCACACCUGCUGGAGGCUGGUGUCCUGUCCCGGGAUUACUACCUGUGCCUGCUCAAGGAGAAGGAUGCAGAGGACCUGGCCAGGAGGAUCUCUCUCCCAGUGUGGGAGAAAUGGGACUGCUGCCACAGCACCAUCCACUGUGCGCUGGACAAAGCACAGAGCUGCAAAACCAAGUCACAAGCAGCUCCGACCAACCCCCGAGCCCAGGAUGCAGGCAUGGACCCCUCAGUCCUGGGAGAGCACAGCUUCCUGAGCCUGCUGCACAGCGACACACUGCUGGGGGACAUUCCACUCGGCUUCCCUGAGGGACCCUUUCCCUGCGAUGCGGAAGGUAACCAGCUCUCUCUGGAUUCUCCCAACAUUUUCGACUACCUGCUGUCAGACCUGAUGGUGCCCAACGAGAGAAUCCUCUCUCCGACCCCUUUUGAGUACAACGAAAACAUCGAAAAAAUAUUGAAGUUUUUAGAGGAAGACCAGCAAGAGAAUUUGGGGGAAGAAAUGGAGAUGACACUUUCAGACCUGGAAACCACGUGCCAGGACCCCGCGAGAAACACCCAAUAUCCCAAGAGAGACCUGAACCCAGCCGAUGCCAACUCUGUGGAUACAAGGAAACCGAAGCACCAGAAAAGAGAUCCCCGAGCAAACCGAGCGCUUGAGAAAAAGAAGCGAGGCUGGAGGAAGAGCUGCCGACCCGACCAGAGAAAAGCACAGAGAGCGAGUUCUCCCGCACACCCUGUCCACGGGUUUGUCACUUUCACACUUCCCAUCUCCAGCCUCGCUGCUGCUGGAAACACUACACUCAUUGCUGGAGGCUCUUUGGCCCCUACCCCUGCACCCACAGCCUUCCAGGUCAUUCAGAACUUCACCGUCCCUCAGCAGGUCUUCGGUAUCCCUGUCGCCAACGCUGUGCACCCUGGGGGCCCGACGUUUGUGAUUGUGCCUGCUGCUCCAGUGUCCUCUCCCGGGGCUGCAGGAACUCCCAGCUCACCCGUCGCAGGUACUGUCGUCGAUGCUGCUGUCGCCAGGCACCCUGACAGCCCCUCCUCUCCCGCUAGCCCCUCUGCUGUGUCUGUGAACAGAUCCCUUUCUCCAGCCUCUCUCCCCAGCACCCAGCCCAUCACUACCGAUGCAGUGACGUCCCCCUGCAAAGGAUCGCAGUCUCCACUGCGGUCCCUGAAGACCCCUGAGAAACCCAAGUCUGUUGAAGAGUUUAAAGAGUCCAUAAGAAGUUACCUGCUCGACACCUGCCAAUUCGUGGGCACGGAGGACGAAGUGUCCCUGGAGUCUCUUCACAUUGACGUGCCUUUGAUCCACAGGCAGGUCAAGAUCAAAACGGGGAAGAACGCCAACAAGUGUCUGGAGAAGGAGCUGAUCAUCUGCGACGCAGCGGAGAGGAGGAGAGCCGAAAUCCCCCGGAGCCAGAUAUUCCAUCUCAACGGGGAGGGGUCGAAAGACUCCAAAGUGAUGGCUUUGCUGGGAAAGGCCGGGCUGGGUAAAAGCACGCUCGUCCAGAAGCUUUGCCAGGACUGGUCCAGGGGGGACUUCCAGCAGUUUGAGUUGGUUUUCUGGUUCGCGUGCAAGAGGCUGAAUCUGUCUGGGAAGCGCUUUGGGUUGAGGAACCUGCUCUUCAGUCUCUUUGCGGUGCCGCCCCCGGAGAACACCGAUGAGGUCUUCAGAUACCUCCUUCGCAACCCCGAGAAGGUCCUGAUCAUAUUCGAUGGCUUUGAUGACUUCCAGGAUUGCGAAGGCCUCCUUCAUUGCCCUGCCACCAGCUCCUCCAAGGAGAUCUACAGCAUCAAGGACCUCUUUUCGGGUCUCUUUCAGAAGAAACUGCUCAUCGGAAGCACGGUACUGGUCACUGCCAGACCCAAAGAAAUGUUCAACCAGUUCUUGGGAAAGGUGGACAAGAUAGUUGAGCUCAGUGGCUUCACCCCCGAAGACAUUGAGCUGUACAUGAGCAGGUACUUCAAGGGCACUUCAUACUGCGACGGCGCGUGGAGGAAGGUCCAGAACAACGGGUUUCUUUUUAGUUUGUGCUCUACCCCGCUGAUAUGCAGGUUAGUGUGCUUCCUCCUCGAACACUUUGACAUGAGCAAAGACUUGCCGUCCACGCUCACGGGACUCUACUGCCACGUGUUCUACCAGAAGAUGCACGUGAAUGCGUACGCAGCGGGUCCUUUGAACAGGCAGCAGAAGCAGAACGUCCCUGAUCUGGGCGCCCUAGCCUGGGAAGGGGUUCAGGACCACAAGUGCCUCCUGAACCCAAGAGACUUGUCAUCCGAGGAGCUGAAGGAGUUCGGUCUGAGCAGCGGGAUCCUGAGCCCUCACCCAGCGAGCGAGGGCAGAGAGGAGGGCGGCUUCGGCCUUGGGUUCGCUCAUUUGAUCACACAGAAUUUCCUGGGGGCUCUGCACCUGAUCUUGGCCAAAAACAUCAGUGGCAAAAGCCUGAUGAAGCAGGUCCUCCUGGAGAAGAAAAAGAAGAAGCCUGAGGAAGACUGGCUGGACGUGCUGCGCAGGUUCCUGGUGGGGCUGCUGUUUCAACCCGCAGAGUGUUCAUAUCUGGACUGCUUGUCUGCCGAGGCUGUAGUGUCCAAGAAAGACGCGCUUACUGAAUACUUGAAGAAGAUCAAACCCAGCGAUCUGAACCCUAGCAGGCUGCUUGAGCUGUGCCACUGUGUCUACGAGACGGGCAACAUGGGCCUCGUGAAGCACAUGGUCUCCAAGCUCCCCUCAGAGCUCUCCUUUAGGGGCACGCCUCUCUCCCCACCUGACGUGUUUGUACUGCAGCACCUCCUGAACAAAACCAGAAGAGCCUUCACCCUGGACCUGCACGAGACAGGCAUCGACCUCCAUGGAAUCAAACAGCUGGUGGGGCAGAAGAGCGUAACGUCGUUCAGGGCUUCUAUAUCGGAUACAAUAAGCCUUUGGGAGCACCUGCACCAGACUGGGGAGCAAGGUCUUUUAAAGGACUCCAUCUCCAAGUUCACUAUCAACCCUUUCAAAGCCUCGCGGAUCAGUGAUGUUGAGCACCUCUGUCUGCUUGUGCAGAUCUACCGGGAGAGGAAGCUUCCUUCAUGUGACACAGAAACUGGGCCUGGCGAUGAGAUCUUUGAGAUCCCAGCCGUGAAGGAACUCCGGAAGCUGGAAUUUGCACUCGGUCCUGUUUACGGAUCUGUGGGGUUUUUAAAGCUGGUGGAGGUCCUUCCUGCGUUUGAGCGGCUGCAGCACCUGGACCUUGAAGCACUGACCGAUAACAAAAUCGGGGACAGGGGAGUGGAGCGGCUGACGGGGGCUUUCCCUGCUUUAUCAUCGCUGGAGACGCUCAACCUGUCCCAGAACUACAUUGGAGAUCGAGGAGCCGAGAGACUGGCACAGUGUCUUCCUUCCCUCGUGUCACUGAAGCAUCUCAGCUUGUACAGUAAUCUGAUUGGGGAUUGUGGAGCAGAGAACAUGGCCAAGGCACUCCCAGAGAUGAAGUCUCUUACCGAACUCGACGUGAAAUAUAACAAGAUCACGGACGUGGGGGCGCAGAAGCUGACCGAGAGUCUCAAGAGCUGUCUGUGGAUAAAGAGCUUGGCAAUGUGGAAUCAGUCCAUCCCACAUGGAGUUUUGGAGCACAUGAAACAACAGGAUUCUAGAAUCAACCUGCUUUAGAUCCUUCAGAAGCUGCCGUGGCCAAUGGGAUCGUUCCCUUGUGAAGGGGGGCGGGCUGUCUGUCUCUGGGCAAGCAUCACUGAACACUACCUCUGCAGUCCCAGUGGGAGCCUGCUGGCAGCUGCUGUACAGAGAUGAUCAGAUGACUGUAGUGAGUAGCUAACACACUGGCAAGCCGUCUGGACCGCCUUCCUGUCACUGUCACGCCUUGUACCAGGGUUUCAGUUCUCUGUUCAUAAUGUGAAGUGCUGCUGGUGAAAGACACACAGCGUUUCCAGUGCACGUCAGUUUUACCCUGGUUAUACUAUGCAUUUACCAUCGCUUACCCCGGUUUGCCAUGUUCAUUAGCAUGCUUCACCAUACCUCCCUUUUCUUUACAGUGCUUUCACUGUGCUUUAUUACACUUUGCUGUGCUUUUACCAUGGGGAAACUUUUAUAAGGGUAAUGUUGUUAAAAUCUCCCUCAGAGUGUGCGAGUGUAGCACUGAGGCGCUAAGGCACAAGUUCAUUUGCAUCAGCUCUGGCUGUGACACUAACAAAGUAAAUGGUGCUUUGGCUUUACAUGAUUACAAACUCUAGCAGGGCUCAUGUAUGUUCAUAUCCUCAACGCUGCUUGCUUGGAAGAUGUUUACAAGGGGAGCCUAUUGUUGCAUAUGCACCAGUUGCAAUGUUACUUGAUUCACGACUGUGUCCGGGUUUCAGACAAACGCCCCCAGAGAGUUUCCUGUUAACACACCACAGGGGUCUUCCCUUCCAAACGGUUCACCAGGAGCCCACACGCUGCUCUCAGCUGCGUUUUACUACUGACGAAAUUUACAAACAACUCCAACGCUAAACUGACUCCAGAUCAUUCCAGGCAUUAUUACUGAUCACCCUACCAGAGCAAAAUAAAGAAAUACAAAUGUAAACUGUAGAGAUGGAUAUUCAAUCUGUGACUGUGGUGUGUGUGUGUCUGUGUGUACCAGCUUUAUAAGAGAUGGAUAUUCAAUCUGUGACUGUGUGUGUGUGUGUCUCUGUGUGUGUCUGUGUGUGUGUGUGUGUGUACCAGCUUUAUAAGAGAUGGAUAUUCAAUCUGUGACUGUGUGUGUGUGUCUGUGUGUGUGUGUACCAGCUUUAUAAGAGAUGGAUAUUCAAUCUGUGUGUGUUUGUACCAGCUUUUUAAGAGAUGGAUAUUCAGUCUGUGUGUGUGUGUGUGUGUGUACCAGCUUUAUAAGAGAUGGAUAUUCAAUCUGUGACUGUGUGUGUGUGUGUGUGUGUGUGUGUACCAGCUUUAUAAGAGAUGGAUAUUCAAUCUGUGACAGUGUGUGUGUGUGUGUGUGUACUAGCUUUAUAAGAGAUGGAUAUUCAAUCUGUGACUGUGUGUGUGUGUGUGUGUGUGUACUAGCUUUAUAAGAGAUGGAUAUUCAAUCUGUGACUGUGUGUGUGUGUGUGUCUGUGUGUACUAGCAUUAUAAGAGAUGGAUAUUCAAUCUGUGACAGUGUGUGUGUGUGUGUGUGUGUACUAGCUUUAUAAGAGAUGGAUAUUCAAUCUGUGACAGUGUGUGUGUGUGUGUGUGUGUGUACCAGCUUUAUAAGAGAUGGAUAUUCAAUCUGUGACUGUGUGUGUGUGUACCAGCUUUAUAAGAGAUGGAUAUUCAGUCUGUGACUGUGUGUGUGUGUGUGUCUGUGUGUACCAGCUUUAUAAGAGAUGGAUAUUCAAUCUGUGACUGUGUGUGUGUGUACUAGUUUUAUAAGAGAUGGAUAUUCAAUCUGUGACUGUGUGUGUGUGUGUGUACCAGCUUUAUAAGAGAUGGAUAUUCAGUCUGUGACUGUGUGUGUGUGUGUGUGUACCAGCUUUAUAAGAGAUGGAUAU